GAAGAAAAAAUAAUAACCACGCGCGCAUACACGUAUAUCCCUACUAUGGGCUUUCAACACCCCGGCACAUUAUAAAAGACCAAAAGACGUACUCUCCCACGACUAUUUUCAAAAGUGAUCCCAGCUAAUUAACUGUCCGAUGCGGUCGCACGCGGUUCCCGCGAAAACCAACGUGUUCACAUAUCGCUCGUUGGCUACUCGUAUUUAUUGUUGUUGAUUCGCCGACGCAAUAUUUUAUUAAAUAAUAAUAAUAAUAAUACAAAUUAUUAUCAUUAUUUUUUAUUAUUAUUAUUUUUUUUUUUGGUCCUCGCUUUUAUUUUUGUUUUUGAUCUUGCUGUUGUCUGUGUAUAAUGGCCGAGACCAUAAUGGAAGACUGUGGGUACAGCCGUGAACUGUGGCUGAACGCGGCGGCCACUACGCUGGGUCUGACUUAUUCGGUAUAUCGACAACUGAGGGCCGUGCAAACGCUGCCGCCCGGACCGUGGGGUGUACCGUUUCUUGGAUACGCGCCCUUUUUGCCCAACCACAGUACUUACUUAAAAUACAACGAAUUGGCCCGCCGGUACGGACCCAUAUGCUCUUUCACGCAACGGGGCAACACCGUUGUGUUGCUCAGCGACCACAAGCUCAUCAAGACCGCCUUCGACAUGAAACAGAUCACCGGCCGGCCGAGCGACGGUUACAUGGACAUCAUUGGCGGAUACGGUGCCGUCAAUAGCACGGGUAAAUUAUGGGAAUCUCAGAGGAAAUUUCUGCAUCUCGUGCUGAGGCACAUGGGUAUGACGUUCACCGGUCACAAUCGGCUAAACAUGGAGAACAGGAUCAUGAUCGAAGUGUCCUCGUUGACGGAGACGUUUCACAAGACUUGCGGCAACCCAAUCGAUUUGAACGCCGGGUCAUUGUGUCUGGCUAUCACCAACGUCAUCAGCUCGUUGACAAUGGGCGUACGGUUCGAACCAGACGACCCGAGGUUCGCGCGGUACAUGCAUAUGGUAGACGAGGGCUUCAAACUGUUCGGCAUGCUCAGACCGGUCAGCGUGUUCUCGCCUAGGCGACAUGUCGACGACGAACGGCAGAUACAAGAGAAACUCAAUCAAAACCGACAGGAAAUCGCCGACUACUUUCAGACCAUCAUCGAGGAACACCGGAACACGUUCGACCCGAACUCCAUCAGGGACUUGGUCGACGCCUAUCUGCUGGAAAUCAAAAACGCGCAGGACACGGGCACCAUGGGACAGUUGUUCCAGGGUCUAGAUCCGGACCGACAGAUCCAGCAAAUACUCGGAGACCUGUUCUCGUCCAGCAUGGAAACCAUAAAAAACACUAUGCUCUGGGCAAUGGUUUACAUGCUCCACUAUCCGGAUGUAAUGGCCAAGGUGCAAGAAGAAAUCGAUUCCGUAGUCGGUCGGUACAACUCGCCGGUACUCGAUGACUAUCCACAUCUGCCAUACACUCAAGCCACCCUGUACGAGGUCCUCCGAAAAUCGAGCAUCACGCCUUUGGGCACCACACACGCGACGACCAGUGAAGUCACCCUCAGUGGAUACCGUAUACCCGUCGGCGCUCAAAUUAUACCAUUACAGCAUUACGUGCACAACGAUCCGAAACUCUGGGACGAACCGGAGGCUUUCAAACCGGAGCGGUUCAUUAACGCAGAGGGCAAAGUGAAAAAGCCAGAUUGCUUCUUACCCUUCGGAGUCGGUCGGAGAAAAUGCUUGGGCGAAACGUUGGCUCAGAUGGAGCUGUAUUUGUUUUUCGCCAACAUGUUACACGAAUUCGACGUGUGUCUGCCGGAAGGAGACGAAUUACCUAGCAUGGACGGGCAAGCCGGCAUUACACUUAACCCUCUAUCGUUCAAAGUGGUCGUGAAGAAACGAACUAAGUAAUCCGAAAACUUAUUUGUAUCUUCAGAGCCUUUUGUUCAGUUCCUCUAAAUUGUUUGACGGAAUCUCAUUUCGUCCGAAUAUUCCUGUUUCAAUGUCCACAGUGCCAUUUGCGUCACGUUAUUUAAAAAUAAUUAUUUAUGUUUAUUAUUUAUUAUACCUAUUGUACGUACUAUUAUUUUAGGUAAAUCAGUUUUGUAAUGUAUAAUAUAUUUUUUUUAUUAUUAUA